AUGCCUAUUCCCCAUUAUGGCGUCUGGGCCUGCCAUCCCACGGGCUACGUCGCGCAGACGAAUGACGACGACCCCAAAUCGCCACACAUUCACCUCAAGUUCACCGAUGACUCCUCCGGCAAGGAAUGUGAGGCCGCCAUUAACGUCAAGUCAACAGGCAAAGAGACACGCCUCGUCUUCUGGCUCUCGCGCAACUUCUCCCACCCCAUCACCGAGCAGCUCUCACAGCUAGAGCUGGGAUUCCACCUGGCACGAUCAAUCCACGCAAACAGCAACAACAACAAUCGACAACACUACCCACAAAGCCGGCGGGAAAAAGCCACUUUGAUGGGUCUAGAUUUUGUUCGCACCGAGGGUCUUGUGAAUAUUGAGUGUGGCAAAGUUCUUCCGCAUGAUAUCCCCGGUCCCGACAAUGAUAUCCUCGAUGAGAUGAAUCCUAUUCUCACUGCGGCGAUUGAUCAAAAUGCAACAGCUUACAUUUUCGGGUCGUCGUAUGGAUCUGGGAUCCAUGAUGUGCAUAUGAACCAGGGUAGUUUGCCCAGGUAUCCGAAUGGGGUCUAUGAGGAUGGAGCUGUGCUGUUUCGGUUUGACGAUGGACAUUGGGAAGCUGUGUUUUUGGCUUUUGCGUCACAAAGACUUCCAACUGAUGACUAUGGAGAGGCUGAGCCAGAUAGUAGGUCUUUGGCGAGCAUUCUGGGAGAGUGA